AUGGCGUCCCACAACCACAAACCAGAAUCCCUGCUGCUAGCAUGCCUCGGCGCGGUGUUUGCGGCAAGGCUCGCCGCCGUAGCAGGAGCACCAGCGCAGCCUAGCAGCGACUGCCAGAGCAAGUGCGGCGACAUUGACGUCCCUUUCCCGUUCGGCAUCGGGCCGGAGUGCGCGAUGCCGGGCUUCAACCUCACCUGCGACGACGUCGGUGGCCGCAGGGCGCUGUUCCAUGGCAACGUGGAGAUCGUUGGCCUCCCGCUGGAGCGAGGCCAGGCCCGGAUGAUGAAUGUCAUCUCCUCUGCCUGCUACAACGCCGCCUCCGGGGGCAUGAAGUACAACGACUGGCAACUCAACCUCACAAACACGCCCUACAGGCUCUCCGACACCGACAACAAGUUCACGGCCGUGGGGUGCAGAACGCUCGCGUACAUCAGCGACGAGCGCAACACGGGCAAGUACAUGAGCGGGUGCGUGGCCAUGUGCCGGCGAGGCGAGCAGGGCGCCCUGCGCAACGGCCCCUGCUCCGGGAUAGGCUGCUGCCAGACGGCCAUUCCGGGGGAGCUGCAGUUCUACCGCGUGUGGUUCGACCCGAGCUUCAACACCACGGAGAUCCACAACGUCAGCCGCUGCAGCUACGCGGUGCUGAUGGAGUCGUCAAACUUCACCUUCUUCCCCAGCUACGCCACCUCGCCGGAGUUCAACGACAGAUUCUACGGCCGGGCGAAGGUGGUGGUCGACUGGGCCAUCGGGAACGAGACAUGCGAAGUGGCUCGCGUGAAACGCGACUCCUACGCCUGUGUCAGCGACAACAGCGAGUGCUUCAACUCGGCAAACGGACCAGGAUACAUCUGCAACUGCACCAAAGGAUUUCACGGCAACCCUUACCUCAAAGAUCCGGCCCACGGCUGCAUAGAUAUUGAUGAGUGCGUAGAUCUUCAACCUUACCCUUGUUCUGUCCGUGGAAGUUGCAAAAAUUUACCCGGUCGAUUUGAGUGUGUGUGCCCUGACGGUUACACAGGCGAUGCAAAAAAUGGGACCUGCGAGAGCAAGAGACCUCCGCGCAACCAAACACUUGGUCCUGGAGCAAAACUCGCAAUUGGCGCUUCUGUCGGCAUUUUGGUUGGUCUCGUUGGUUUCCUUGGAGUAGAGGUGAUCCGCCACAAAAGGAGUACAAAAAGAGAAGCCCUCAAUAGACAGAGCGACGAAUAUUUCAAACAGCACGGGGGCGAGAUACUAGCAGAGAUGACGAGGGACGGGCACGGGCGAAGCAUCCCCUUCACCGUCUACACAAGGGACGAGAUCGAGGCGGCAACGGAUAGCUUCAACAAGGAGAACAUCGUCGGGGAAGGCGGGCAGGGGACGGUCUACAAGGCGGUCCUCCGCGACACCGCCGUCGCGGUCAAGAGGUGCAAGGAGGUGGACGAGAGCAGGACCAAAGACUUCGUGCAGGAGCUGGUGAUCCUCUGCCGCCUCGACCACCCCAACAUCGUCAAGCUCCUCGGCUGCUGCCUGCAGUACGAGGCGCCCAUCCUCGUCUACGAGUUUGUGCCCAACAGAGCCCUGCAGGAACUGCUGCACCCCAGGAACCAGAGGUGCCGCGUCACGCUCGGGACCCGUCUGAAGAUCGCCGCGCAGUCCGCCGGAGCACUCGCGCACCUGCACUCGGCUGAGCGCCCGAUACUCCACGGCGACGUGAAGCCCGCCAACAUCCUCCUCGGCGACGGCUGGGUCGCCAAGGUGUCCGACUUUGGCUGCUCCACCAUCGACGAGAUCACCCAGGUUGUCCCCAAAGGCACGCCGGGGUAUCUUGACCCGGAGUACCUCCUUGAUUACCAGCUCACCGUCAAGAACGACGUCUACAGCUUCGGGGUUGUUCUUAUCGAGCUCCUCACCGGGAAGAAGCCGUUGUCCAAGGAAAGGAAGAGCCUCACUGUGAUGUUUCAGGAGUCUAUGGCGGAUGGCACACUCCAUCAACUCCUUGACAGGGGAAUAUCAGAUGAGGCUAACAUGGCUGUGAUUCUCCAGGUUGCAGAGCUGGCGAGUCAAUGCUUACUUGUUCCCGGUGCAAGUAGGCCGGCAAUGAGGCUUGUGGCGGAGAAGCUCCGGCGACUGGCUGAUGGGGUGCAGGAGCAGUCACAGCUGCCGCUUGUCCUCGAGGAUCUUAGCCCCAUGGGUGUUGGUGCUGGUGUUGGGAGCUCCACAUCAACACUUUAUACUACCAAUAGCCAGACCACCGGAUAUUUCAGCCUCGAGAAGAAAACCGCGCUGAGCAUAGAAUACGCCCGAUGA